AUGUUCCCAGAUGUGGGGAAGCCUGAACAGAGUCCUGAAGAGCAACAUGGAAUCACCAAACAAGGAGGAAGAGGGUGGGCUGUGGGGCUGGGAGAGGUAUCAGCCCAAGAAAGGGAACAGGAUAGAUUUAAAACGCAACGCUCUGGAACUCCAACUUCCCCGGCGCCCAGCCCGAUUCCCAGGCGUCGGGGCCGGGGCAAGCCACUGAGGCUGCAGGGAAGAGGCCCCGAGCCUGUUAGAGCCCCGGCCCCGGCUGCGGUCCCGCCGGUGACCCAGGUGCGCCGCGCCCGCCCGAAAUCUCGUCCGACGUCGCUCGGCACCUGUCGCGCCCGGAGCCCGCAGGACCUGCGCUCACCUCAUUUCGGGGGCCCACAGCCCGUCCCCGCGCCUCAGGGCCCAGCUCCCGCCGCCGUCGCCACCACUGCCCGUGCCGCGGCCGCCGCCCACUUUCGGUUUCCCCGCACCGCCGGAGCCGCCCCGCGUCUCGGGAAUCACCUCAAGCCCCCGCCCCGCCCUGCUCGGCCCGGCCCCGCCCCGCUUCGUCCCACCCCGCCCCGCCCCGCUUCGAGGGCAACCCGGCCUCGACUCUGCGCACGCGCGGGCGCCCCGGUCGCGUCGGCCCACGCUGGCGUCCGCGCGUGGGAAGGGAAACCGACACCGCCUAGCGGUUUCUGCGCGUGCCCACUCACCAGCCGGAGGCGGAAGACGCCUGCGGGCGGGGGCAGGAGCGCCUCCUGGUGGACUACGCAGCCAACAUUGAACACUUCUCCGCAUCAUCUGAUAUGCAUUGACUGAGAACCUGCUGCUGCUUCAACCAGUGUUUUAUUACAGCUUGACUGAAAUGUAUGACAUACAAUAAACUAAAGGUUUAAAAUGUACAGCUUGAUAAAUUUUUCGUUCAUAUACCACUGUGAGACCGUUACUGUAAUAUAUAUAUCCAUCACCCCAAAAAGUUGUAUUAUUUAUUGUUUAUAAUUUUUAUCUUUUGUCCCACCUUGUCCCUUGCUCCCUGAACUGUUCACCUGCUUUCUCUUGCGAUAGUUUGCUUUUUCUAGGGUUGUAUUUAAAACUUUUAUAUAUGGAAUCGUAUGCACUACCCUUUUGGGGGGCUGUCUGGCUUCUUUUAUUCAGCAAAUUAUGUUCAACCCUGUUGUUACAUGUAGUAGUAGCUCAUGUCUUUUUAUUGCUGAGUGGUACUGUAGGAUGUACCAAACCUACCACAUGGCCCAGCAAUUCUUUCCCAGGUAUUUACCUAGGAGAAAUGAAAGCAUAUGUCCACACAAACACCUGUACAAGAAUGCUCAUAGAAAUUUUGUUGAUCAUAGCCACAAAUGGAAAGAAUACAAGCAUCUGUCAGAAGGUGAAUGGAAAUCAACUUAUAUUGAACACCAGCUGUUAAAUAACAAAUUUUCAUAGAGUGUAGAUAAGCCUGUGCCUAUAGUGCUUUUGAUUCAGCUGAAAGAUGCAGUAGGCAAUAAACAGAUAAAUUGGAAGUAGAUCUGGAAAACCUGAUAUACAGUGCUCAGACAUUUGGGUGUUUUCCCACAGGCAGUGGGGAAUUGUUCAAGAUUUUUACAGGGCUCUUCUUUAACACUGUUCUCUUCCAUAUCCCAGAUCUGGUGUCUGACUAAGUUUACCUAAAUGUCUCUCUCCUGAAUUUCUCUGCAUGUCCUUUUCUCUAUUUCAGUCUAUUUCAGACGCCUUUCUCCUUUCUCUCCCCUCCAGUCUACCCCAAACAUGCAGUGGACUUUUAAUAGACUUUGCUAUGGUCUGAAUGUUUGUGUCCCUACAAAAUUCAUGUUGAAACCUAAUCCCCAUUGCUGUGGUGUUGACAGGUGGGGCCUUUGAGAAGUCAUGGUGGCUUCAUCCUUAUGAGUAGGAUUAGCGCCCUUAGGGGCUUAAAGGAGCCUCUGCCCCUUCCACUGUAUGAGGAUUUAGCAAGAGGGUGCCAUCUUUGAGGUGGAGAGCAAGCCCUCACAAGAUGCCAAAUCUGCUGGCACCCUGACCUUAGACUUCCAAGCCUCCAGAACUGUAAGAAAUACAUUUCUAUUAUUUAUACAUUAUCUGGUCUAAGAUAUUUUGUUAUAGCAGCAGGAGUGGGCCAAGACAGACCUAAAAGCCAGCCAAUUUGGUCUCUGCAGUGCUCACAACAUCCUGUGGCUCCACAUUUUAGAUGGAAAAGAUGUAAAAAGCAGCUGCCAAUGGAAAGGGUGCUAGCAGUAGUAGGAAAUUAAAAAAAAAACAAUUCCAGAGUUUCAUAUGUAGAAUAAAUCAUAAAAUCAUGUGAGUUGACCCCAAGUUGGAGCUCCUUUAUUUUUGAAAAGAUGUUCCAUGUUUAGACUGUUCUAUGUAUAAAGAAAAAGGAAGCUCUGCAGCUAGUUUUUUUAAACCAGCUUUAUUGAUAGUUGACAUAUAAUAAAUAUUUAAAUGUACAGUUUAAUGAGUUUUGACCAAUGUCUUUAAUUGUGUAUCUACCACCACAAUCAAUAUACGAAAUUAGUUCAUAAUUCCAAAACUUCUCCUGUGCCCCUUUACAGUUAAUUCUCUCCCCAACCUUUAUCCCCUAGCAGCUACUGAUCUAAUUUUUGUCAUCAGAGGUUUGCCUUUUCUAGAGGAUCACAUAAAUGGAAUCAUGCAGGAUGUAAUCUUUUGUGUCUGGCUUUGUCACUUAGCGUAACGCUUCUGAAAGUCAUCCAUGUUGUUGCACAUACCAGUCAUUGGUUCCUUUUUAGUGCUGAAUAGUAAGCCAUUGUAUGGCUCUAUCCCAAUUUGUUUAUUCAUUCACAUUUACAUUUGUGUUGUUUCCAGUUUGGGUUAUUACGAAUAAAGCUGUUAUAACAACCACAUGAAGGUCUUUGUGUGGUGAUAUAGUUUUUUGUUAUAAAGACUUAGGAAUAGAAUUUCUGGUUGUGGGAUAGGUGUAUGCUUAACUUUUUAAGAAACCGUCAAUCCCAGCACUUUGGGAGGCCGAGGUGGGUGGAUCACGAGGUCAAGAGAUCGAGACCAUCCUGAUCAACAUGGUGAAACCUCGACUCUACUAAAAAUACAAAAAAUUAGCAGGGCAUGGUGGCGCAUGCCUGUAAUCCCAGCUACUCGGAAGGCUGAGGCAGGAGAAUUGCCUGAACCCAGGAAGCAGAGGUUGUGGUAAGCCAAGAUCGCACCAUUGCACUCCAGCCUGGGUAACAAGAGCGAAACUCUGUCUCAAGAAAAAAAAAAAAAAAGAAAGAAACCGUCAAACUGUUUUCUAAUGUAUCUUCACCAUUUUGGACUCCCACUUUUACUCCCUCCUUGGCAAUGUAUAAGACUUCCAGUUGCUCUAAAUCUACUCCAAUACUUGGUGUUGUCUGUCUUUCUAAUUUUAGCCAUUCCAGUGGAUGUAUAGGGACAGCAAACAGAGGUUUCAAUUUGCAUUUCCUCAUGACUAUUAAUGUUGAGCAUCUCUUCAUGUGUUUAGUGGUCCUUCAUAUGCGUUCUUGGGUAAAGUGUCUGUUCUGCAAGUAGAUUUUUGUCCAAGACAUCAGGAGGUUCUCAGAAUCACCUGGGUAGCUGACACAGCAAGGGCAGGUUAGGACAUUGUGGGUUUUUUUGUCUUUGUGAAGUGGUCCAAGGCCCAGGGAGUUCAAGAAUUCACCCUCAUACCCUGGAUAUAAUUGUAUUUCAGGAAAAUUAAGAGAUAUCAGAGAUGGCACAGACUGGUUACUCUUUAGGCACAAUGGUUCUUACCUUUUUAUGGAGAUGUCAGAAUAGAUGAAAACAAAUUUUGAUGUAUGAUCUCAGAGAGGAUUUGGAGUCCUUAAUGCUCUGCUGUGAACCCAUGUUAAAAAUUUCCUUCGAGGAAAGCAUAUAUUCUGGGGCCAAAUAGCAGAGUUUUCUAAAUGAACAGGACUCAGGCAGAAGGCAUUCUUCCUCUGCAAAAGCCCAAGCGUGUCUUUGGACAACAGGAGCCAUGGCCAGGAGCAUCUAGAUCUCUUUUAAAAGAGGCAAGCACAAUUUCUCAUCCUCAAGGGCUGUAGAGAGGUCCUUUGUACUCUGCUUAAGGUGGCUUUUUGGGUAGGAAAGGUAGAUUGGCGGGGGCAUCAGUAAAAGUUCUUCUGGUCUUUGCAAUACAGCCUCAGAACAAUACGUUCCUCAUCUUUCCUCUAAGAGGUUCUCAGACUUUAUAGCCACCAUAGGCAGCUUUGUCACUUGCAGAAUUUAGAAUGACAACUUGAUAGACCUCUAGGUGCUGUCAUCUCACUUCCCUUCUUCUCUAUAUUGACCCCAAAAAGAAACCAAAAACCAGAAACAAACUUUCAUUUCUAUCACUUUAUGUCCCAUUGAACGGACAACAGGGACUUGGUAAUGCCCUUAUUCAAUGCCUGGAGUAGUUCCUCUCUCAGGAAGCCUUUUUCGAAUCCCCCACCUCACAAUCAUUGCUCUUUUAGCUGAGCUUCUAGAGUGCUUUGUUCUUCAAAUAUAUUUACAGCAGAGAGAACAUAACAAGUGAUUUUAUAUCUCAUCUCCCUUGUGAACAACUUGAAAAGAGUUUACAUUUUAUUCACUAUUCGAUUGCAAAUAAUUUUAGCAAUACUAUUUGAAGCUGAGCAACAGCAUGUUCAAAGUUAUGUAUACAGAUGGAACCCAGCCACAUGAGUGCUUUUUGCUUACAUAAGGUCAGGAAAAAUAGAUCCACAACAAAAGGAAUCUUUGAACAGAUCUACUCUGGGUUAAUCAUCAACAUCAUAAUCAGUGCCUCUCCCAUCAGCUUUAAUUGCCUCAUGAACAGAUGCAGAGGAAUUUCUAGACAACUGCAUUUGUUUCAACUGAGUAAGGAGAAAAGACAAAACAAAACAAAAUAAAAAACAAAAGGGAGAGCUUGCCGGAGCCCUGCUAAAAUCCAGGCCCUGGUAAAGCUAAGGAUGUGCUGAUCAAGCAAAACCCCCUAAUCUGCCCACAAAGCCCUCCAAGGUGAGUCAGCUGAAAGGGGCUAAUCCCCAGAAGGGACUGAUCACCAAAGCUUUAGAGGCCACACAGCCACAGCACACUGGAAAACAGGGGAUAAUGAAAGCUUAAAGGGAUAUUGUGUAUAGAAAGGUCAUAGAACCAACAGAGGAGGGUCUUGGCUAAGAGGUCACAUUUGCCCUCUCCUGAGUUGUAGUUCAUUCAUAUAGCUCAGUCUUAGGACCCCAAAAUAAGAAUGAUUCCAAGGAUGUAGAUAUUAUUAAGAGUUAGCUGGCUUAGGGGCCCAGCUGUGGGGUGGGGCAUGGAGGUGAGGUAACUAAUACUUUAAGCAAGGCAAUCAACCACAAUAUGACUGAUUCUGUAAUAGUCAAUAAACCAGAUGGCACACAAAUUAUACUGCAAUAGCUGCUAGGGGUGAGAAAGUGGGGAGGCAGUGUGAAGAAACUACAUAGGUGCAGAGGAGGUGCUCGGUAUAGGUGAGCUGACACUGAAAUCAAAGAAGCAGACUGUAUUGGAGAAGCAUGGGCUUUGAAAGACGUAUGCUAUACAGGAAGAAUCACUGCCCCUUAGGUGCUUGCCCUGGGAUAAAUCACUGUGGACUUGACCUUUUGUUAAAUUGGAAGGUGGCAUAGAAUUCCAGAGCCCUUUGGUUCUGAUUCUAGCCUCAGAUUCCCUUAUGUGGCAAAAUGAAGAUGAA